AUGGAUGAACAGAGGCUCAGAAAGUUUCCCAACGGGCAGAGAUGUACCGAAUGCCGUGCGCGAAAGUACUACUCUGAGAAUGGACGAAGAUAUUGUCAGCGCGGUCAUGAAGUUGAGGGGUACAUCCAAUUUGACGUCGACGAAGACGACAACUACGGCAAAACCGGCAAAGUAGUGCGCAAAGAAAAAGAGGUCCGCGAAACCGAGCGCAAGCAUCUCUCGGGCAACGACGCCAAAGAACUCUACCUUGACUGUCUCCAGAUCAUUUUGCGCAAACAAAUAGGCUGGCUGAUCCGCGAAAAAGGCUUCUCCGACGAACUCGAGUCUAUCUGCCGCGACCUCUGGGACCUACGAAUCCGCAAGUUCAUCGGCCUCAAAAGCGUUUCUAGGGCAUCACUCCAGGAAAAGGGAAAGGGCGCUGAUCACGAUGGAACGGGGUCGCAACAUGGCGGUGCCUUGUCGCAAUCCGGUUCGGACAGCGAGAUGGUCAUGUACAGCUCGCAGGCGGAGACGACGGAUACGUCGGCUGAUGAGAGUGUGAAGAGUCAGAGGAAGAGGUCCAGUAGAGUGAAGGAUUGGGAAAGCGAGCUGUGGGAUUUGCCGGGGCCGAUGGAGGUGCUGGCGCUGAUUUAUAUGGGGUGUUUGCUGAAGCAGGAGCCGGUGAGGGUGGGGGAUAUUUAUUGGUGGGCGAAGAAUAACCAGUUGCCGUUUCUUGGUGCGAUCGAGCUGGUACCCAACGAGCUCAAAGAACGCUUGCCGGGUUGGGCCCAACGAACACUGUUAACACGAUGGGCAAAGUUCGACGGAAGCGAGCUGCACAAGUCGUUGUUGACCUUGACCCUAGGUUUUAAGAAGAACUAUGGCAUGGUAUCACCACCACUUCCAGCACCGUCAUUACUAGUCUUGUAUCUCAAAGACCUGGCUCUUCCACCCGAGGUCCACCUCCACGCCCGACAAAUCUGUCUCAUGCUCAACCUCUCCUGGACCUUCCCAACCCGCCAAAACAUCAAAGACGACACGUCCUCCCUCACCGGCAAGACCUCUCGCUACACCCUCCUCGACAUCCCAGACGUGCUACUGGUCGCCUCUCUCGUGCUAGCAACCAAGUACAUGUACCCCAUGGACGGCGUCAAGCGGUACCCACGAGACAACAAUGACCCAUUAACUUUGAAGAUGGACUGGGAUGCUUGGGAGGCCGAGUUUGCGGAUCCGCCUGAAAAGCCGCUCAGGAGACUGGACUUUGCGGCCAUGGAUGCGGAGAAAGUGUGGACGUUGAGUAAGGAGCAGAUGGUGGAGUAUCUGGAUUGGUAUCAGGAGACGCAGUUGAAGGGGUGGAGUGCCGCUGAUGCAGACGAAACCGAAAUUGAUCGGCUCUUCCCCCUCGAGAACGUAUUACGACUACCAGAGCCCGGCAGUAAAGACAUGACGGACGAGGAGCUCAUUGCUCGGAUGCACCGAGUGCAAAAGUCCAUGACGCUGGUUGAACCGAGGCCCGAAAUUGACAAUGGAAAGAACAUUAAGAGGCUGGGAUCGCUUCACCAGCGGUUUAGGUCCGUUGAGCAACUUGGCGAGUCUGGUCCUGCGAGACGGUUCCAUGAGAAAGCUGCGGAGAUCUCUGGUCUGUCACUGAAGGCUUUGGUGAAGGCGGUUUACAGUCUGGAAGAGCUGUUGUAUGGUUGGGAGAAGAGGGAGAAGAGAAGGAUGAGAUUGGGGGAGGUAUGA